ACACCUUUGGAAAGACUAAGAGGAGCAGAGAAAUAACAAAAGCAACCAGCAUUCAAUCUAUAUCCAAGACAUUCUCAUCUGUUCAUGAAGAAAAAUCAAUCCAAGUUGAUGUUAACCUCGUCAGUGGCCCAGAUAAAUCUCGCUAACCGGGCUUGAUACGAAUGCCUGGAAACAGGGCUGUGUAAAGACUGAAGUGAGAGUUGUUCCCCUUGAUUGGAUGGGUUCAUGGACAAUGUUCUGAUUCUUCUUCCCUGUGCCUACAAAGAACAUGCAUCAAAGGUUUAUCUCCAAGUGAUUCUUGCAGAGAGUCCAGUUGAAAUGUCUUACAAAAGCAGGGUUAUUUCCAAUCAAUUUUCUCCAGAAAUGAAAAUAUCUACGACAUUCUGAAGGAAAAAAUAGCACAGUCAUUUUCCAGAACUAUCUUGGUUGGCAUCACGAGGUCCUGAGAGCACAGUAAAUGUCAGCAUCGAAGAUUCCGCUUUUCAAAAUGAAGGACCUGAUCUUGCUCCUGUGCCUCCUGGAGACGAGUUUUGCAGUGCCGGCAUUUCCUCAACAACCUGGGACACCGGGCAUGGCUAGUCUGAGCCUUGAGACAAUGAGACAGUUGGGAAGUUUGCAGGGAUUAAAUGCACUUUCUCAGUAUUCUAAAUAUGGCUUUGGAAAAUCACUUAAUUCCUUGUGGCUGCAAGGUCUCCUACCACCACCUUCCUCUUUCCCAUGGAUGAGGCCAAGGGAACAUGAAACUCAACAGUAUGAAUAUUCUUUGCCUGUGCAUCCCCCACCUCUCCCAUCACAGCCAUCCCUGCAGCCUCAACAGCCAGGACUGAAACCCUUCCUCCAGCCAACUGCUGCACCUGCCAUCCAGGGCACAGCCCAGAAGGGAGGGCCUCAGCUUCGGAUUCACCCCGCACAGCUGCCCUUGAAGGAUGGAGAAAUGCCAGAGAUUCAAGAGCAGGUGGCGCCGACAGAGAAGCCCCCAAAGCCUGAGCUCCCAGCAAUGGAUUUUGCUGGCCCACAAGUUCCAACCGUGUUCCAAAUAGCCCGUUUGAUCCCUCGGGGACCCCUGCCUCAAAAUAGACAUGCUGCACUUUAUCCAGGUAUGUUUUACAUGUCCUAUGGAGGAAAUCAACUGAAUGCCCCUGCCAGACUUGGCAUCCUGAGUUCAGAAGAAAUGCCCGGAGAAAGAGGAGGACCCAUGGCCUACGGAGCCAUGUUCCCAAGAUUUGGAGGCAUCAGGCACAGCCUUGGCGGAAUGCCUCACAACCCGGCCAUGGGUGGGGACUUUACUCUGGAGUUUGACUCCCCAGUGGCCGCAACUAAAGGCCCCGAGAAAGGAGAAGGAGCUGCAGAGGACGCCCCCAUGCCGGAAGCCAACCCAUCCAAUCCAGAAAACCCAGCUCUCCUUCAAGAGGUAGCACAUGGCGCCCACGCAGGGCUCCUUGCUUUCCCUAAGGACAACACUCCCGGCAUGGCAAGGGGCCCAGCAGGGAAGAAAAUGGGAGUCCCCAGAGUCACCCCUUCAGAUGCUGACCCACUGGCAACCCCUGAAUUAGCUGAGGUUUAUGAUAUCUAUGGUCCAGAUGUGACCACACCCCUGGGUACCCAGGAAGAAACAACCACGGAUACCACCAUGACCCCAGACACUCAGGAAACAUCCAUACCGGGAAACAAAGAUCAGCACUCCCAGAUGAUGCACAAUGCGUGGCGUUUCCAAGAGCCCUGAAGGCCUUGAGAUCUCCGCUGCUUUCUGUAUGCAUAAGCUGCCCAGCUUAGUCCCCGUAGUGUACCUCUUUGCUAAAGCACUUAUCACCCUUCUGCAGCAAAGGCAUUAAAAGUGCAAAGCAUGUCUUAAUAAACACACGUGGCUAGAAAUAGUGUAGGUCCCCUUCUUGCUUCCAUUCUCUUAUUGAAAUAAAAUGAGUCGACUGUCUCUGUGAUUUAAAAAUAUGAUUGAUAACAUCAGAGAAAUCUGAGAGCCUCAGCAUUUGAUAAUCUUUGUUUCUUAGCUGUCUCGUCAUUAUAGAAUUUUCUCACUAGCCUCACACUCUUAUAUCUAAGAAGCAUUGCCCUGCUUUCUUCUCUAAGCAAAGGCACAUGUUCUCAGAAUUCUAAGCUAUUUCAUUUAAACUUUAUUAAAUGAGGAUUGGUGGAGAAUCCCUGACUGGUAUGACUGGGUUUGGUAUAUUGGACUUAAAAUUCUCAUUUGUAGAGUAUUUUAUUUAAUUUAGGGAAAAGCAAUUCUAGACUAUUUUAAAU